AGCAAAUCUUCCCCUGCCUUGAGUUGCCUCCUCGUGCACUGCUAUAAUUUGAUUUGUUUGUGCUCUCACUUGGUUGCCUCUAUAAUUUUUCGGUGGCACAAGCUGUCUCAAGCCUACCUAUCGCUGCGGAAGAGCACGUUCACUGUUUCGGUGUAGUUAUUGUGGCUUGUGUUCUGUUUACCAUUCUAGUUGUGUUGAUGGGUAAUAUCGAAUCGACGCGGACUGACGACAGAGAGAAGUCUCCAUCAUCACAAAAGACAGGUAAACGAAAAUCUCCGUCGAAGUCAAAAUCCGGCGCUGGUUCUCGAAAACUGAGCAGGGGAUCGGUGGAGAUGUCCUAUCACACGUACCCUGUCACACAAGACUACCGCAUAAGCAGGAAGGUGCUCGGGGUUGGAAUCAACGGAAAAGUGGUUGAAUGCGAGCAUAGAAUCACGGGAGAGAAAUACGCUCUCAAGGUACUGCGUGAUAUACCGAAAGCCAGGCGUGAGGUCGAUUUACACUACAUGGCCAGCGGACAUCCAAACAUUGUUGAAAUCGUUGACGUCUAUGAAAAUUCCUAUAACAACGUGCAAUGUCUUCUUGUAGUAAUGGAAAGUAUGAAAGGUGGAGAGCUGUUUAAUCGGAUCCAGGAACGCGGUCAACAAGCUUUCACUGAGAGGGAAGCAGCCGGCAUUAUGUUUGAGGUUUGCUCUGCUGUUGCUCAUCUGCACAAAAUGAACAUCGCGCAUAGAGAUAUCAAGCCUGAGAACCUUCUAUAUGUGGAUAACAGCACGAACGCUCGUCUCAAGCUAACCGAUUUCGGUUUUGCAAAAAGAACAGAUGAUUCUGAGCCGCUAGGAUUAGCGACUGCGUGCUAUACCCCAUACUAUUGUGCUCCCGAAGUACUUGGUGCGGAAAAGUAUGACAAGUCCUGCGAUCUUUGGUCCAUAGGAGUUGUUAUGUACAUAUUGUUAUGCGGUUAUCCUCCCUUCUUUUCACAACAUGGUCUCCCUAUGUCACCAGGCAUGAAAGCUAAGAUAAAGUCUGGCCAAUACUCCUUUCCAUCUCCCGAAUGGGAUUGCGUAUCGGAGGCCGCAAAGGAUCUCAUAAAAAAGCUGUUGAAGACAGAUGCAGCUGAAAGGAUCACAAUCGAACAAACUAUGCAUCAUAAAUGGAUAACGCACUACCAAAAGGUUCCCGACACUCCUCUCUUCACUAGCAGCGUUCUUGUCGAUCAGAAAGCCCAGUGGGGUGAGAUGCAGGAUGAGAUGGAGAAAACGUUAGCAUCAAUGCGUGUUGGCAACGAAAAUAUGCAAAUAAAGAGUUUGGCGGAAUCAAACAACAGACUUUUAAAGAAACGCAAACAAAAAGCUGCAGAGGAAACGAUUCAAGAAGCCAACUAGGAUUGUUUCUACUGGAGGAAUUUUGCAUUUUUGCCCACGAGUGGACAAAUAGUUUUAUCUUUGGAAUUUCUCAGGUUUUAGUUGCUUGAAGCUCCAUUUGUAAAGGGGUACCUUCUACUGUUCACUUACUAAUGACGAUAAUCUGUGUAAAUCUGAAAGCAGACUCGGCUAUUUUCUGAUUGCCAUAUUUAGAUUUUCGCUUGUGAAAUGUUUUCUGUUAUUUUCUUAUGUUCUUUUGAUAGUCUUCGUAAUUUAGCACUGUUUUUGCCGCAAGGUACGUUUAAAACUAUAUCCGGACUUCUUUUUUCAUAUUUUCUAUACCUGUAGAAUAGAGGACUGUAUAUUUGGAGCUUUGUGUACAAUGUUUACCUGCAGUUUCAGCAGUUUCAUUAACUUGUCGUUCUCACAUCAUCAUAUUGUUUUCUUGGUAUAGUGUGCUGUUUAACACUGCAAGUACAUUGUCAUUACAUUAUCCGGUAGUCAUCUCUCCAUCUUGUUG